AUGGCCUCGUACGAGCCGAAACAACCGACUGUUACAACAUCCGUAGAAUGGAAGCAGUCCUGGUCAGCACCCAAGGCCGCCCCAGGAAGUGAGGAGCCAUGGACCACCGAAACACCGAUUUGGCAUGUCGUUGUGCGAGGAUUCCAGAUUUUCUUUGGUCUGGUAAUUGCCGGGUUGGCUGGUUAUCUCAUCCAUGGUUAUCUGAUGGAUGCUGUCGCGUUUGGUCUCGUUUGUUCGCUAUUUACCUGGAUCAUCUGCAUCUGGUCCCUGGUCAGCGAAAAGGUCCUGAGUGCUCGAAAAGCGUACAAUAUCUGGGCGACCUUGUCUCUGGAUCUCUUCAUGAUCAUCCUUUGGCUGGCCUCCAUGGGUGCGAAUGCGGCGAACAGGGCGACCUUCACAGUUGAUGUUAACGUCGAAGGAUGUUAUGAUGAUGGAAGCAGCAUCAGCGCCCAUCACUGCAUCGUGAGUAAGCGUGAGCUUGUGAAGCGAGGUGCCGUCGCUAGCAAGGGCGGCCUCGCCAUGAUGUCUGCUAUCGCCGGUCUGAGUGCCGUUCAAAUGCUCCUCUUCGUCGCGACCUUUGCCUACAACGCGCACAAGUUCCGUCUGUACUACCAGGUCAACAAGGGACCUAAGACUACUCACAGCCCUGGGGCCGUCGAGAUGAACGCACAGCACACACCGAUGCUCAGCGUCCAACAAGGAGGACCUGCACCUCAAUCAUACCCGCAGUACACCGAUCAGCAGGCAUACCAGUCGCAGGUCCCCGUACAACAGCCGGUAGAGCAGUAUCAACCAACGCCAACAACGUCUCCGGCACCAGGCCCGAUCUCGACCCCAUCCCCUCAGCCAUACCCAUACGCACAUCCCGACCAGCAAUAUCCGGUACAGCAGGCUCCCGCUCAGUAUGCUCCGGCUCACCACCCUCCUCAGCAAUAUGCCGAGGCCCCAGGUCACACCCCGGCCCAAGGUCAUACCCCAGCCCAGUACCCUCAAACCACCCAGUCUUACAGCUCCAACCCGCACGAGAUGCCCAGCCACUCGCAAGGAUAUCAACAACAACCGACAUCAUACCCACAGUGA